AUGUCGGAACAACUAGCAGACAAGCUGAAUGCGGUGUCACUGAGCGACGGCAAUGACUGGAAGCAAAACCUCAACCUCCCCGCACGAGACAACCGCCAACAGACAGAGGAUGUCACAAACACCAAGGGCCUCGAAUUCGAAGACUUCUCGUUAAACCGCGACCUGCUCAUGGGCAUCUUCGAGGCUGGGUUCGAGAAGCCGUCACCGAUCCAAGAAGAAGCCAUCCCGGUGGCACUGACCGGCCGCGAUAUCCUCGCCAGGGCAAAGAACGGUACGGGUAAGACGGCCGCCUUCAUCAUACCCACCCUCGAGCGAAUCAAGCCCAAGAUCUCCAAGAUUCAGGCCCUCAUCCUGGUGCCCACCCGCGAGCUGGCCAUGCAGACGUCGCAGGUGUGCAAGACGCUGGGCAAGCACCUGGGCGUCAACGUCAUGGUGACGACCGGCGGAACCGGCCUCCGUGACGACAUCAUGCGCCUGCAGGAUCCCGUCCACAUCGUGGUCGGCACCCCCGGUCGCAUCCUGGACCUGGCCGGCAAGAACGUCGCCGACCUGAGCGAGUGCCCCAUGUUCAUCAUGGACGAGGCCGACAAGCUGCUGUCGCCCGAGUUCACGCCCGUCAUCGAGCAGCUGCUGCAGUUCCACCCCAAGGACCGCCAGGUCAUGCUCUUCUCCGCCACCUUCCCCGUGUCGGUCAAGGAGUUUGCCGACCGCAACAUGACGAACCCCUACGAGAUCAACCUGAUGGACGAGCUCACCCUCCGCGGAAUCACCCAGUACUACGCCUUUGUCGAGGAGAAGCAGAAGGUCCACUGCCUCAACACGCUCUUCUCCAAGCUGCAGAUCAACCAGUCCAUCAUCUUCUGCAACUCGACCAACCGCGUCGAGCUGCUGGCCAAGAAGAUCACCGAGCUGGGAUACUCGUGCUUCUACAGCCACGCCCGCAUGCAGCAGCAGGCCCGUAACCGCGUCUUCCACGACUUCCGCAACGGCGUCUGCCGCAACCUCGUCUGCUCCGACCUCCUCACCCGCGGUAUCGACAUCCAGGCCGUCAACGUCGUCAUCAACUUUGACUUCCCCAAGAACGCCGAGACGUACCUGCACCGCAUCGGCCGUUCCGGCCGUUACGGCCACCUCGGUCUCGCCAUCAACCUCAUCAACUGGGACGACAGGUUCAACCUGUACAACAUCGAGCGGGACCUCGGCACCGAGAUCCAGCCCAUCCCCGCCAGCAUCGACAAGAGCCUCUACGUUUACGAGAACCCGGACACCAUCCCCCGUCCCAUCUCCAACCUCCCCCGCCAGCAGCUCCAGCAGCCGGCUCCUCUUCCUCAACAGCCCCAGCAGCAGCAUCCCCAGCAGCAGCAGCAGCAGCAGCAGCAGCAAAGUCAGAAUGGCCACUCUCAGCAGCAGGGAUACAGCAACCAGGGCCGUGGCGGUCGUGGUCGUGGUCGCAACUAUCGUGGCCGCGGAGGCGGUGGCCGUGGUCGUGGCCAGCCCCGGGAUAUUCAGGCAUAG